AUGGCAAGCAUGAAAAUUCUGAUUCUUAAUCCUAAUUCGUCGCCAACUACAACGGACGUUAUAGACAGCGCAGUCGAAGCCUACAUUGGCAAGUUUCCAAUAGCCGCACAAAUUGAGCUAUAUACAGCGCCUUCUGGACCACCAAGUAUCGAUAGCGAUCAAGAUGCGCUGAUGUCGGCUAAGGCAAUUAUGGCAGACUUACAGUUUAAACUUUCGGAUUAUGAUGCCUAUGUGGUGGCCUGCUACAGCGUCCACCCGCUAGUCGGGAUGCUUAGAUCUCGCCUAUGCUCUAAAAUUCAUGUCAUUGGUAUAUUUGAAGCAAGCUUAUCUACCGCACUUUCCUUACUUCCCAUGGAUCAACCAUUUAAAUUUGGUAUCAUUAGUACAGGCCAUUACUGGAAAGACGCUCUCUCCUCAGGUGUGCAGAGAUAUUGUGGGAGCGAUCGGUUCAAAGGUGUAGAGACAAUGGGGCUUACCAACGCUGAAUUCCAUACUGCAGAUAUCGAGAUAAAAAAAUCUAAACUGAGGGAGGCUACUAGGUCCUUAAUUAGGGAACGAGAUGUGCGUGUCAUUUGUCUGGGUUGUGCAGCUUUGUCAGGAAUGAAUGACAUAAUGAACGAAGUGCUGGUAGACGAGAUAGGUGAAGGGGCAAACGCUAUGUAUAUUGUCGAUGGUGUCCAGGCUGGAAUUGGGCUAGUCGAAAGUUUAAUUCGAGAAUCUACAUGGCGCUCGGGCAAUUAA